GCAGUUGGCGCCAAGCUUGGAUUCUGGCAGGGAGAGGGUCAGUGUGAGUGUGACAGUGAGUGUGGCUCCAUGGAGGAGUACGACCUGUACGGGGUGGAGGAUGACUACGAGUCUCAGUUUGCCUCCGAGCUGGAGGUCCUGCAGGAACUGGAAGGUGAGAUAGCCAGCUCUCAUCAUCCUGAGCCAACCUGAUAACUGGGACUGCCACUCACACUGCACUCAGACAGCAACCACCACCCCCCCUGGGACCGCCACACUACACUCAGACAGCAACCACCACCCCGGGACUGCCACUCACACUACACUAAGACAGCAACACCACCCCGGGACUGCCACUCACACUACACUCAGACAGCAACACCCCCCCACCCCUGGGACUGCCACACUACACUCAGACAGCAACCACCACCCCGGGACUGCCACUCACACUACACUCAGACAGCAACCUCCCCUGGGACUGCCACUCACACUACACUCAGACAGCAACUUCCCCUGGGAAUGCUACUCGUGCCAUACUGCUACUUGUACAGUACUGCGUAAUUUGUUGGCGCUAUAUAAAUAAUGAGCAACUGCUUGGACUGCCAGUCAUACUAUACUCAGCCUCUGUCACAGCAGCUGCUGGGACUAACAUUCCUACUAUGCAUUUGCUUGGACUGCCAGUCAUACUAUACUCAGCCUCUGUCACAGCAGCUGCUGGGACUAACAUUCCUACUAUGCAUUUGCUUGGACUGCCAGUCAUACUAUACUCAGCCUCUGUCACAGCAGCUGCUGGGACUAACAUUCCUACUAUGCAUUUGCUUGGACUGCCAGUCAUACUAUACUCAGCCUCUGUCACAGCAGCUGCUGGGACUAACAUUCCUACUAUGCAUUUGCUUGGGCUGCCAGUCCUACUAUACUUUAAGAGCUGCUAGGAAGGACUAAUACUCAUACCACACAGGCAUCCUCUUUUAUUGCUGUGACUGCCAUUCACAUCAUGCACAGCCAGCUGUCUCCAUCGUUGCAGGUUUCUUCCACUUGCAUAGUGCACAGUCAGCCUUUUUUACUGCAAAAACUACCACACACAUUGUAAAACCAGCCUCCGCUUGCCACAGGGACUUCCAUUCACAUAAUGCACAGGGACUCUUAUUGCUGCCUGGAAUACUACUCGCAUAAUGCAGAAGGAUUUCUCAGAAGCAAAAUUAUGAUGUAUGUGUAAGGACACCCAGUACCACUAGUUUAGGGAUAGAAUAUUUUUAUUUUAAUGUUUUGAUUUGUUUCUAAGCAACUAUAGCACUAUGCACUAGGCAAACCUUAAAUCCCUGAUUUAGCUAAAUAAAGCAGUUUUAGUGUAUAGAUCAUUCCCCGGCAAUUUCACUGCUCAGUUCACUGUCAUUUAGGAGUUAAAUCACUUUGUUUCUGUUUAUGCAGCCCUAGCCACACCUCCCCUGGCUAUGAUUGACAGAGCCUGCAUGAAAAAAAAAAAAACUUGUUUCACUUUCAAACAGAUGUAAUUUACCUUAAAUGAUUGUAGCUCAAUCCCUAAAUUGAACUUUAAUCACAUACAGGAGGCUCUUGCAGGGUCUAGCAAGCUAUUAACAUAGCAGGGGAUAAGAAAAUCUUAAUUAAACAGAACUUGCAAUAAAGAGAGCCUAAAUAGGGCUCUCUUUACAGGAAGUGUUUAUGGAAGGCUGUGCAAGUCACAUGCAGGGAGGUGUGACUAGGGUUCAUAAACAAAGGGAUUUAACUCCUAAAUGGCAGAGGAUUGAGCAGUGAGGCUGCAGGGGCAUGUUCUAUACACCAACACUGCUUCAUUAAGCUAAAGUUGUUCAGGUGACUAUAGUGUCCCUUUAAUAUUUGUAAAUAUGCGUACUAGCUCACAUUGAUGUGGAUGUCUUGGGGAUUACUGGCUAAUGUUUUUUUUUUACUAUAUUUGCCUUACAAAUUUCCAUAUUUCCUUGCAGAUGAUGAACCCUCUCGCCCCGCACCCAAAACGUCCCAGUUUCGCAGCAAGCUUUCAUUUGAAGAGGCCAUUUCUGUUGCGGAUCACAUGCAGAGUACUGUCAACGGUAAACCCACCCGAAACAAAAACAGCGUAACGGAAGUGAGCAAGUCUCAAAAGAGAGAUGCAAGUUUCCUUCGUCUUUCGGAAGAAGAAGAAUUUUCUGACAGCUUCCUGGAGCCUCCAAUCAGUAUGACAUUUUUUUUUGAUAUUUUUCUGCAUUGCAAUUGUGUGUGUGUUUUUUUUUUUAGCUACAAAUCUAAAUUGUGACUAUGAAAUUCUAAUGACCACUCCUUGGAGAUUUGUUUAUACCUAGGGUAUUUUUUAUUUUUUUUUUAAGGUUUAACAUUUUUUUUUUUUUUCUCACACAUUCUGAAUGUGUAUGCAUAAAAAAUAUUUGGGAAUAUCUUACUAAGAUCCAUAUUAUACAAGGAACGUUACAGAUAAGUAUACUAUUCAGAACAUAAUAUUCAAAAUUGUAUGUUUAGGUCUAUAUCAGGCUUCCCCAAACUCCGGCCAUCCAGUUGUUGCUGAACUGCAACUCCCAUGAUUCUCAGACUAUCUAUUUCAUUCAUAGAAUCAUAGGAGUUGUAGUUAAGCAACAUCUGGAGGGCCAGAGUUUGGGGAAGCCUGGUCUAAAUAGUCGGAAGGAAAAAGAAAACUGCUGAGUUGGAUUUUCCCAGUUUGACUAUUGUGGCCUAACAUAAGCAUUUCACUUGUCACAUGGCCUAUUUAGGGGCAAAACAUUGUUUGUGGUCUGGGUGUCAGGUCCAUCUAGUGUUAACGCUGCAGCUGUAAACAUAGCAGUUUCAGAUAAACUGCUUUGUUUACACUAGGGUUAAUCCAGCCUCUAGUGGCUGUCUCACUGACAGUUGUACAGGCACUUCUCACUGUGAAAAUCACAGUGAAAAGACGCUGGACAUCCAUAGGAAAGCAUUGAGAAAUGCUUUCCUAUGGGCUGUUUGAAUGCGUGCGCAGCUUUUGCCGCGCAUGCGCAUUCAACGAUAACGUCGGCAAAGGGAGGAGAGUUCCCCAGCGCCGAGGGAGCCUGGCGCUGGAGAAAGAAACGUUUUUAACCUCUUCAGCCCAGCGACCUAAAGACCCAAUAUGCCAGGAAAACGAGUUUGUUUUCCUUGCACUAUAGUGGUCCUUUAAAUCUACUGCAUUUGGCAAGAAAUUAGUCUUUUCAACAUUGUGACUUAUAAAGCAGUUGAGAGUGGAGUCUGAAUCCAAACAGGAUAAAAUUAAUUUGUCUAUAUGUACUUUAGCAGAAAAACUAUCUGUGUGCUGGCAAUAUCCUGUAUAUGCAUAUUUUCCAUAAACCAAAGCUGUCUUGAGUUGUAUAAUGCUGCAUGUUGGUAAAUAAAGGACUCCUGCAUAGUAAGCUUAGUUUUUUUUAAAUUUAUUUUUAAGACCGUUAUUUUUCAUUCUGGGUGGUUAGUUAAAACGUCACAAUUUCAAUAUAACAGAAUAUAUUGCCGCUUCAUUAAUAAAAAUAAAAGGUAGAGAAAACACUCUCUGCAUUAUUUAUGGUCAUACUUUGCCACACCACUUUGUUAUAUACAUUGGUACCUGUUGUAAGGAUAAAACUGAAAACUUCUAGUAAUUUACAUUUUAACUAUGCAUGGACUAGAAAUGUGGCUGUUGCAUUAUAUAGUUAAAGUGUUAUAUUUUUCAAAGUGCCACUAGGUUGUGUAACAAUUAUUUUUUAAUCUGCUUGGCUUAGUACUUGGCAGUUAAUGGUAAUGUAAAUCGAGGUAUAUAGAUGCGGGAGCUGUCCAUGUACUCAACUGUUUUGAUCUGAUGUUCUAAAUGAGAAGUAGUUUUCUUGUGAUGAACAGUUUUGAUUGCAUUUUCUGGUAGUGUGCAAUUCUGUAAUAUGUUUCUCUUAUUUACUAAAACAGAGCUAAUCAAUCGGCAAUCCUAGAAAUCGUACCAUGGAGAGAGAAUUUUUGUUUGUUUAUAUUAAAUGAGUAAAUAGUUUCAUUGUUUUUAGUAUCCAACCUUUCGUUUAUUUGAUUGGCCAAUGGGUUUGUCAGAAUUGAUUAUAAACUAACUUGCUUAAACCAUUGUGGUACCAUUCCAACGCAGACACUGAAUCCGGGUAGCUUGAAUUUCGAAAUGAUACAGAUCAUUGGAAUGACAAUUUUAAUGUAAACUGUUUGAUAAAAUUAAAAAUGCAAUUUGAAUGGUUAGUAGACUGCAGUCUCCCCUUAGCUUGUAUUUAUGGCCCAUUUUGAAUGAUGAGAAGAAAUGAAUGGACUGUUCUAUAUUUAUUACUUUUUUCCUUCUCAGCUCCCAAACACAAGCGGCCAAGAAUUGAAGCUGUUAAAAAGCUGGAUUUUGGAACAGACCGCACUGCUGAAAAUGCGUCUGCAAUUAGUGAUGACAUCACACCUCCUCCCUCACCUGACCAACCCAAAAAGAGAAUUGAAAGGUGUCAGUCAUGAUUUCUUGAUGUAGUGUUUUGGUUCUAAAUAGCAACCACAUGUAAAUGAAUACUUAUAUUUAUGCUGAAUUUUAUGCUUUUUGGAACACAGUCUCUUGAAACUAACAUAUUCAAACUGCUCUGGAUUUAUUUGGGAUUUUAUAUUUUCCCAAAUAUGGUUUUGGUUGUCCAUGGUUAAUUGUGGGAACGGGAUGCUGUUUUAGUUCACAUUGGGUUCAAAAUAUAAAUAACAGUUCUGUGACUUAUAAAAGUGGAGCAAUUAGCAUAAAUAUUCAGUUUGAUUAGAUGCUGCUUAUAAGUAACAUGAUACUAACAAUGUAUUGUAUGUUAGAUGAGUUAAUGCCUUGUAAAGUGAUACAUACUUUUCAAGUGACACAUUUUAUCUUCAUCAUUAAGACCUGUAAUUCUGUUCUCUCUUCGUAACGUGUGAUAUUUUGAUGGCAGGACAGCUUUUCUGGCAUCUGACCUCCUGGAAGUUAGUGACAUGGCACCUUUGCAAGUGACUCCCUCUAAACCAGAGAAUAAGAGGGUGCUAAAACGUCCCCCCAUCUUUGAGGAAUAUGUUCAUGUGACAUCCAGUGAUGGAGCCCGUUUUUAUAUGACGCUGAGGGAGGACAAUGAAGGAACAGGGGCUCAGGUAAGACACAACUAGUUAUUGUCCAUAGCAUUUGUUCACCUUCACCAGGUGUCUGUAUGUUCGUCCAGCAUGAUCUGGCUCUCUGCACCAAGGUAGGCAGUGCAACUUGGAACAUAACAAUUAUUUCUAUGUGGUGCUAGUACCUUGUUCUUUUAAACCUUUAAAAUGCAGUAUUUUUAGGACUCAUUUGUUUACAUUAUUCCCUUUUUGAUACAUAUAGGACGAAUGACAAAAAAAAGUACCCUGCUUAUGGGUAUCGUUAGAUUGGAGAUUCCCAGAACAAUGCAACCAUUCUUACUGAAUAUGGGCUUAAUUAUUUUUGCCGAAACAGUCUGCUUCUAUAUAUUAUUUGUUCCUGAUUAGCAUUUCUAGUAAUUUUCUCAUAGUCCAUAGAAGUUAAUAUACUAUGCUGCUCUAUGUUUUCAAAUAUUGUUCCCCACUGAGAAUUAUGUAGUAGAGGAGAUCCUAACUACUAUGAAAUUUUGUAUAGGACAAAUUUGAAGAGCUGUUGAAGCUUUAAGCAAAGUUCUCACACAGUCUGACUGAGACUAUGUACUACUAAUUGGGAAAAAUAAACCAUGUUUAUUUUCUACAUGCAUUGUAAUUAUAACUUUUAUUGUAUUGAUUUGGCAGGUGUAGAUGCACUAAACGAGUUGCCAUUUUACUAUAUUGUUCCUCUAAAUGUAAUUAACACAACAGACAAUAUAAUUAUUAAUGUUUGUUUUUGCUUAAUUUACUCAACUCAAAUUCAAGUUGACAGAUUUGUUUUAUUGUUUUAUACUCACAUGCGCAUUAUUUAUUUUGUUUUUAAAGCAAGUGUCCAAGCACGCAGGAUUCAGCUGGAAUGGGGAUGGGGAACUGCAUCUCUUGGGGGUCCCUUUCUCCUACUUGAAGGAACAAGUGGCUGACGAAGUAAUGCCUGCUUCCAUAUAUUGCAUUUCCAGAGAAGUUUUUAUUUUUGCUCAUUUUAUAGCACAUAAAAUAUCAUCAAUCUACUAUGCUCACAAAACAUUUCUACGAGAUGUAUAGAUUAUAUUUUUGAGUUUGCUUUUUGUCUUUAAAGGAACAUUGUAGCAUUAGGAAUACAUAUCUGAUGCUUCACUCCUGAUGCCCUAAUUAUUCCUCGCCUCCCUCCACCCCCCCAAUCUGCACAAAAAUAAUUAUUUAGCUUUUCUUCAGCCCCGAGUCUUCCUUGCAGCUGCUGUGACCUCCAAGAUCUGAUACCCGGAGGUGUGGCUUGGCCACACUUUCAAACCUUCUAAUUAUUGGCCUUCUAAUAUUGGGUUUUUGAGGGGAUAGAAUGGGGAGGAUGGGAGGCAGCACUGUAGGCACGACUACAGUAUAACAAUAUACCUACAGUGUCCCUUUAACUCCAGUGCAGACAGAUUAGAUAGAAUGGACAUCUUUGUGCUUAAAAAAAAAACGGUGUGACUCCUUACAAUAUUUAACAUGUAGUGCAUAGCUUUGGCAUAGUUUCUUGGCCCACCAUAAGCACUCAAAUGUAAUCUUUAGUUGAUUGCGACAUGUUAAACUACAUUUGCUGGUCGCUUGUUGGCACUGUCAUUUAGUGAAAGCAGACAAAUCGCUAUUUAAAACGUAAAUGUUGAAAUGUAGACAAAUAUAGCUGUUUUCUAAAAAUAAUUUUUAGUCACAGCUUGGCUGUAAAAUAACUGAUUUGGAAAUAAAACAUUUUGAGUUACAUCUUGGCUUUUUUAGCAAGUGCAAGACUACAUUAUGCAGGCCUAGGAAAGAUCUGGCAAGACCAUAACAAUGUCUUGCUUUCAUAACAGAAGUUAUCUUAGUUGUAUUAUUCUGAAUGUGAUUACUUAUUAUUUUUUUUUCUUCUUCUUAGAAUCGGAGGAGAGUAUUGGAGGAAUCCCAGCGCCUUACAGACAUGCUAAGUAGGUGAGAAAUGCACUUCUGCAAGAUAUUUAUUACUAUUUUACCUUAGUCCUAUUUACUUAUUCCCUGUUUUGCUUGCUGUGUUUUGGCAGUAACCGAUAUGAUCAAAUUGAAAGCGGGGUGGGGGAAGAUUUCAGAAAGGUCAUGGCUGGACCGCUGACUUAGUUUGGUUGAGAACUGAGCACAAAUCUGAUGAUCUGUUGAAAGACUUGCGGAUAGAGGGAAACCGGAUCUGGAUGGGUUUCUCAAUGUAGUGCCAUAUUGCCUCAUUUUGAUGUGAUAACACAUGGUACUGAUGUUUGAUCUCUGUACAGCCGACAGGUAUUGUAUAGAUGAGUGGAAUAUGUGCCCUGGUCUCUCCUCUAGUGCAUGGAACCCAUGUGGGUGUGAAAUGUGGGUUUAUUUGGCUUUAGAGUAAUUCAACAUAGUAGCCAACAGUCAUUGCCUCUGUCCAACAUAGCAAUCAGACAGGCUUGUAGUGCAAUGCUUGUUUCUCAUGUAUUAGUGUGUACUUUUUAUUUCAGCCAAACUGAAGACUUUUCAGAGGUUGAUAAUGAGACUAUGGAGCUUGCUAUCGCGGCUGGAGAAGAGGAGGAGACUGAGGAGGAUGGGAAGUCUGCUCACUGUCUUUGGGUGGAUCGAUUCACACCCAGGCAUUACACGGAGCUGCUUAGUGAUGAUGUAUGCUCAUGUAGUGGUUUUGUUUGUUUUGUUUGUUUUUAACCUCUGUGAAAUGGGUAACCAACGCAUAGUUGUGUUGCUGACUUCAGGCUCCCAUAGAUUUUGUCCAUUCAAGGUCUACAAAUAUCUAUAUUUAUAAUUGUUAUAGGAAAUGUUAAGAUUUCAGAUUACAUAUGUCCAUUACAUCUGGUCAUAUAAUCCAUAAGAGUGAGGCCACUUCUGCACUUCUUGUUAAGCUUUUUCGUAGCUAAAUGACUGGAUUUUAAGAAACCCCUAAUAGUUGCAUCCAUGUGUCUAAGAGAGCAUGAUGUAAAAAAAUAUUAUGCACCAAAACCACAAAUCUUGGCUGCACUCCUCCUCUGAUAUGAAAGGAAGUAAGUGUUGAAACACCUAGCCAAAAGUACCACUUUGUAUUUUUAAACUGAUCCUCAGCAUCUUUCCUUUCACAUGCAACCUGCUUAUGGGGGGAGGUGAGUAAUUUGAAUGGAAGCCCAUUCAGUGGAAUAGGAAUUAACAGCAUGUCUAAAUCAUGUGUCAUCCUUUAUCUGAAUGUUUAAUCUGUACCUUCAUUUUUGUUCAGUACACAAAUCGCUGCCUCUUGAAAUGGCUGAAACUAUGGGACACUGUGGUAUUUGGGAAGGAAAAGGUAGUAAAGAAACCCAAAGCUUCAACAGACCAACAUACAAAUUUCAAGUUCCAGAAGGAGCAACAACAAAAGUGGAAAACCAAAGCCCAGAUCACCGAGGAAAUCCUAGAAGCAGAACUAGAUCAACACAAUAGGCCCAAAAAUAAGGUAAAGGGAACUCGAGCAAAAUACAGGCAUAUUGGCAACAAAUGAGUUAAUAUGAGCAUGAAUUCAAGUUGUUGCCUCCUAUUUAACAUCGCCAUCUCACUGCAAACAAAUCUUCACAUUUAUACAAAAACGACACCGUUACCAGGUCAGCCAUUUAAAAAGCUCAUCUUAAUGCUCCCUCAGUGCUGGGUGGCAUGAGAUAGCUGCCAACUUCAAAGCGCAUUGAUUGACCAAUGACCCCUUAGUGCACCAUCUCCCAUCGUUGGUAGCUGGAGUUACAUUGUUAAAUAGUCUGAAUGGAGACAUGCAUCCAAGUUCAGCCUUGUGUUUUUUUUAAAAGAAAAAUAGGGACAUGUCCCCCUGCUGCACUUUCAUGUUAAUGCGGUCAUGAAUUUAGCCCAUCCUGGAAUAGAACUGGCAUGCACAGAACUUUCUUAUGCUGCGGUGUAUACAUGGGAACAUUUUACGGCCAUUUUACUGGUUUCUCUAAUCUUCUACAAAUGUGGAGAAGAAGAAAAAUAUUACGACAGGGCAUGGAUUGCAAAUGGAGGGAGUCAUGCUUUAUUUAGGACACUAGUAAGGUAUGGUACAGGCGGAGCAAUAAAUCCCCUAAAAUAAGAAAUGCUUGUUUUAAAAAAAAUUUAAAAAAUUAUAACUUCUCAGCAGUUCUAAAGAUCUUGUUUGUUACCGAUUUCAAGCCAGCUUCUGUGAAAUUUGUAUUUGACUUCUGGCUAUUUCCUGCACCACUUACAAAAUGUUAUAUUCAUUAUUAAAAUACACAAAGCAGAAGAUGGUCACUGUGUGAUGCUAAAUAAUUAGGAGAUUUAUCAAAGUGAUCUUAAGAUGUCUUUUUAUCUGUAAUCUGUUCAUAUUUUAUUAAAGAGUAUCAAAAAUGGUCUAAAAGUGAUUUCUUAAAUUCUGUCCUUGUUUUGGCCAUUUUUUGUUUUUCUGCGAUUUAUACCAGAUUGAUUCUUCAUUUGUUCGUUCUGCUCUCUGUGGCCUGUGUUUGUGCCAUAAACUUGCUGCUGUCAGUAUUGCAAUUAGUGUAAUAAAAUGAGCAAAUUUUGUAUGGAGCAAGUUUCUGUGAAUUAUCUUUUUGAAACGUUCAUAUGAGACUCUCUGUACUUUAUCAGAAAUUUAAGACAGAAGUUAACCAGCACAGAAAAAGUUCAAUGGAUUUUCUGCAAUUUUCCAGCCUUCUGUGUAGAAAUGUUGGCUUACAAAACAAAUGCCAAAGUGGCUUGGAAAAAAGUUUAAAACAGAUCACUUUUUUCUAAAGGUUGAAAGUGACUGGAAGAUUGAUAAAUGCCUCAAACCAAUGCAAAAGUAGCACAACAUUAAAAAUGUUAAGGUACAAACUGUUUAUCUCUUGGAUAAAUCUCCCCAGUGAGUUCUAAGUGGAAAGGAAAGGGUCCUUGUCUGAUGGGGAAUUCUGUUCUAAGGAUAAGAGAAUGGUUGGUGUACUAUGUAUUAUCAUGUGUUCAAAAUUUUCCCAUUGUACACCAACUUCCUUUGUUUUAGGACAUCUUGAAUUUCUGUAUCGUCUGAAAAUCAAAAUUAUUUUAAAUGAUGACAUUUUCAUGGUUGCAUUAACUUGUUUUUCCUUUUUUUUGUUUUUUUUUCUCUUUCUCUCCCUCCCCAGAUUGCAUUGCUGUCUGGCCCUCCUGGACUUGGAAAAACAACAUUGGCACAUGUGAUUGCAAGACAUGCUGGUUACAAUGUGGUGGAAAUGAAUGCCAGGUCAGAGCAAUACAAAUAUUUUUUUUCGCCAUAUAAGGGAGUUCUUAUUGCAACGGCAAAAACCUGAUUUGAACUUUAUGGAACGACACAUAGUAUUUAAUUUUGCAGGGUCUUUUCAAAUUAAACUUUUUUCAGCUUGCCUUUGUUUAUUAAAGUUCUGCAUCAUUAACUUGUGUCAGAAACGCGUAAACUAACCGUUGUCUAAAGUCAAAUCUAUAAACCAAGUAUUACGUUUUUUUUUUUGUUUUGUUUUUUUUUGGUCUGUUACUGAAUGUCCCGCAAGUUUAUUUGAGCCAACCAGCCAUUUAUGGGGUUCUAUAGAAUUCAUAUUUAUACAGAUUUUUCUGAACACACCAGUGCAAUCUGUCAGUAGCAAAGCAGCAAGAUUUUAAAGUUUCUUGCAACAAAAAAGUGUACAUUUAAGGCUACAUACAAACAUUUAAUUACUGUUUCGUACAUAGUAUGUUUCAGUUGUUCAUUGAGUGAGUUAUCUGCUUAAUAUGAGUGUUUAUGCAUUUUUCCCAAACUUUGCCUUUUUUUUUUUUUUUUUCACAUCUCAGUGACGAUCGCAGCCCUGAAGUAUUUAAAACCCGAAUAGAAGCAGCAACCAAGAUGAAAUCUGUCUUGGGAGUCAAUGAAAGACCAAACUGUCUGAUCAUAGAUGAAAUCGAUGGUGCUCCAACGGUAAGAUUAAGGGAAGAAUUACAAAUGAUCCAAUAAAUUGCAUCAACGUUGUUCUUCGGUAUGGCAGACUUUUUCAAUUUCAUAGUUACUCAAUGUGUAGUAACACUACCGAUCGGCAUUUAUAAUCAUAUUUUUGUUUCUCUUGCCUACAUACCACUGGUGAAUAAGCUUCAGAAAGUGACGGAUUGUCUGUGCUGUUAGUCAAGUUUUGUUUUGUAGGGUUUUUUUAUUUUUUUAUUUAUUAUUACUAUUAUAUUUGGUAACUAUAAAUGCUGCAGUGCUGUUAAAUCGUGACCUAGUGUACCUAUUUUGCUUGUCAGUCAUCUUUCUCAGGCAUGCUUAGCAUCCUAGCAGAACAUGGCGUACAACAAAAAUAUGGCUUUUGUUGUUUGACAAUGAAUACAAAAUUUCCAGUGCCAGAAAACUUAGCACUUCUGUGUUUGUCAUGGAAGGGAGUCCGUUUUAAAGCUGUUACAUGAAAAAGAUUUACAUUUAAUCAAUAAAUUGAUUUACUGUAAAGCUUUCAGGUGAUGCAGCAUUUUGUAUCUUUAGAAAUUAUUCUCAUACCUGUUCCUGUUCUACUCUUCUCUGUAUAGUUUUUCAUCCAGGCUGCCUGGCCUAAAGGAAAGACCGUGAGCCAAGAUGGAUGUAGGAUAAAAAUGUGUGGAUUUCAUGCACUAAAUGUUUCAGUGUAAUUUUUUUUUCAGCUUCUAACCGUUAAAAAAAAAAAAAAAAUUAAGUUGAAAGUCAUGCUAAUUUUUGUUUUCUCGAAACUGAUACCUGUUUUCUACACCUGUUAUAAAGCAUGUAUAACAAUGCUUUAUAAUUGUAUACAAAAUUAAAGGGGAAGCAUAUAUGUUCUCUCCUUUUAGUUUUUCAUCUCUAAUUAAUUACCUCAAUAGCCCCAUGUCUCCCCACCCAUAACAGUGUGUUUUAUUUCAUAUUUUUUUUCUAACCCAGACCUUAUAUUUCAGACUGGGCCCCUUAAAACAGCAUUAACACCCAGCACUCCCAAGCAACCAAGUCCUCCUGAAUCUUCAGAGCAGAGGUAUUAUCUCUGGAAGAUUGCCCACCCUCCCCUCCCUACACCAUCCCACCCCAUGGUCAUCAACUUAUUUAUAGAUAGUGCACAUCAGCAGGUUUCCAUAACACACCAAUCAAGUCACUUAACCACUCCUCACCUGGAUUCAUUUAACACACUGCAUCCUUACAAUGGUUUAAACACUUAUUGAUAUUGUUAUUGAUAUUGUGUGUUUGUAUAUAUGAUCUACAUAUCUAUAUAAUACACAUUUUCUCUAAUGUUCUCCCUUCUAUUUUUCACAUUAACACUAACUUCUUUCAUUACUAAAAUAUCCCUAUCCUUUCACUCUCCUGUCCCUGGCAACACCAUCAUCAUUACUUCCACCUUACUUCCCUCCCCUCUCUAUUCAUCCCAUGCACUCUACACAUACCUUUCCAGCCUAUCUCCACCAACUCUUUCCAAAUCCUCUACAUACAUACCCUCCUACAAAACUUUCAAAUCCUACUCCCACCUUCACUUCCUUUCUAUCCUUCUGCUCCUAGCAGCUGGUGAUGUCUCUCCAAACCCCGGUCCCCUCUCAACAAACUCAGCACAUACUAACCCAAGGAUCCACACUAAUCUCAUACCCAUCUCAUGUUCCUCUAAAUCCUCCUUCAAUACUGCCCUCUGGAACGCACGCUCUGUUUGCAAUAUAACUAAAUCCACUGCUGUCCAUGACUACUUCAUCUCUCGUUCAAUAGAUUUACUAGCCUUAACAGAAACCUGGCUCUCCCCCUCUGACACUGCCACCCCUGCAUCUUUGUCCUUCGGUGGUCUCCAACUUACCCACACCCCAAGAAACUCUGAAUGUAAAGGUGGUGGUGUUGGGUUUCUCCUCUCCCCUCACUGCUCUUUUAAACCUCUUCCCACCCCCCCUUCCCUCUCUUUCCCAUCAUUUGAAAUACACUCAAUUCGCCUUUUCAAACCCUUCGCUGCUAACAUUGCUGUUAUUUACCGUCCCCCUGGUUCCCCUCUUCUCUUCCUUGACCAUUUUGCUGCCUGGCUACCCUAUUUCCUCUCUUCUAACAUCCCAUCCCUAAUUCUCGGGGACUUCAAUAUUCCUAUAAACCCACCUUUGACCUCUGCAGCCAAUAAACUACUUUCAAUCACAUCCUCCCUCGGGCUAUCACAGUGGGCAAAUUCUCCCACCCAUGUAGCUGGCAAUACCCUUGACCUAAUCUUCACUUAUGCAUGUACGGUAUCUAAUAUCUGCAAUACUCCUUAUCCUCUCUGAUUACCACCUCUUAUCGUUUGCUCUCACGUACCCCCUCACCCAACAACCUCCGCCCAACCAGCCUCAACUCAGGAGGGACCUUAAUUCUCUUGAUCUCCAACAGUUGUCAGCUGACAUUGAUUCACAACUGCUGUCCAUCCCUUCCCUAUCCUGUCCUUCACUGGCCAUCUCCAUAUAUAACUCUACUCUUACAUCUGCCUUGAACACUGCAGCGCCACUCCAAACAAGCACCUCAAGGAGGACCCACCCCCAACCAUGGCAUACUAAAUCAACCCGCUACCUGCAAAGAUGCUCCCGGUGUGCUGAACGCUCCUGGAGGAAGUCUCGCACCCAGUCAGACUUUCUCCAUUAUAGAUUCAUACUGUGUUCAUACAGUGCAGCCCUUGCCCUUGCCAAACAGUCCUAUUUUUCCUCCCUCGUUAGUUCAUGUUCCCGCAACCCCAGGCGUCUCUUUGACACCUUUAAUUCUCUUCUUCGCCCCGCUGUGGCCACCCCCCAAACCAACCUUACUGCUGAUAACUUUGCAUGUUACUUCACUGACAAAAUUGAACAGCUAAGGAAAGAAUUCUCCCCUCCUUGCCUUUCUGUUUCUCAAUCACACAUUGAUCAUGCCCUUCCUACCCUUCAGACAUUCUCCCCAGCCACUGACAAAGAGGUGGCUGCUCUUCUUUGCUCCUCUCGCCCCACCACUUGCCCGCUCGAUCCUGUCCCAUCUCACCUUAUCAGAUCUCUCUCCACUUGUCUCGUGCCUUCUCUAACACACAUCUUCAACUGUUCGCUCUCUUCUGGCAUCGUCCCUGCUGACCUUAAACAUGCCACUGUAGUACCUAUACUAAAAAAACCAUCCCUUGACCCGUCCACCCCCUCUAACUACCGUCCCAUAUCCCUGCUCCCUUUUUCCUCAAAGCUUCUGGAAAGACUCGUCUUUACCCGUGUGUCUCAUUUCCUCAAUUCCAACUCUCUCCUUGACCCCCUUCAAUCUGGCUUCCGCCCUCUCCACUCUACAGAGACUGCCCUUAUCAAAGUUACUAACGACCUAAUCGCAGCUAAAUCCAAAGGCCACUACUCCAUACUAAUUCUUCUUGACCUCUCGGCGGCCUUUGACACCGUUGAUCAUGCUCUCCUUCUUCAAACUCUGCAAUCGCUUGGUCUCUGUGACUCUGUCCUCUCGUGGUUUUCCUCUUAUCUCUCCCAACGCUCAUUCAGUGUCUCUUUUUCUAAUGAUACCUCCUCCCCUCGCCCUGUCUCGGUUGGAGUCCCCCAAGGCUCCGUCCUUGGUCCCCUUCUAUUUUCUCUUUAUACUGCCUCUCUUGGCAAACUUAUUGCCUCAUUUGGAUUCCACUACCACCUGUACGCUGAUGACACCCAGUUAUAUCUCUCCUCCCCGGACCUCUCCCCUGCUGUCCUGCAACGUGUCACUGCUUGCCUUUCUUCCAUCUCUGACUGGAUGUCCUCCCGCUUUCUGAAACUCAAUCUCUCAAAAACUGAGCUCCUUGUCUUUCCUCCUCCUAAUACUGAUCCUCCUCUUUCGCUCUCCCUUCAAGUUUGUGGUACCAACAUCAGCCCAUCCUUGCAAGCGCGCUGUCUUGGCGUCAUACUUGACUCUGGUCUCACCUUUGAGCCUCACAUCCAGCAUGUUGCCAAAUCCUGUAGAUUCCAUCUUAAAAACAUAGCCCGCAUCCGCCCCUUUCUUGCACCAGAUACUACCAAGGAGCUUGUCCAUGCUCUAAUAAUUUCACGCAUGGAUUAUUGUAACCCUCUCCUGCUUGGUCUUCCCAAAAGCCGUACUGCACCCCUACAGUCUGUAAUGAAUGCUGCUGCUAGACUGAUUUUCCUCUCUAGUCGGUUCUCUCACACCUCACCCCUCUGCCAGUCCUUACAUUGACUUCCUGUGUGCUAUAGGAGUCAAUUCAAGGCACUAACUCACACCUACAAAGCACUGAACAACUCUAGCCCCUCUUAUAUCUCCUCACAGAUCCACAGGUAUGUCCCUUCUCGGUCUCUCCGCUCUGCCCGUGACCACCUCCUGUCCGUUGUCCGCACCCGUACGGCCAACUCGCGCUUGCAGGACUUCUCGCGGGCGGCUCCCUUCCUAUGGAAUAGCCUGCCUACCGCCAUCCGACUCUCCCCUAGUCUUGCAUCUUUUAAGAAGUGCCUUAAAACCCAUCUCUUUAGGAAAGCUUAUGGCCUCCAAGACUAACCCCUACCUCACAUACCCGUCUCUUGCCCUCUCCUAAAGGGCAGCCCACCUUAUUUGAUUGCAAAUUCCUGUCCUAAUGUGUUUUUCACCCCACCUCCUAUAGAAUGUAAGCUCGAUUGAGCAGGGUCCUCUUCAACCUAUUGUUCCUGUAAGUUUAUUUGUAAUUGUCCUAUUUAUAGUUAAAUCCCCUCUCAUAAUAUUGUAAAGCGCUACGGAAUCUGUUGGCGCUAUAUAAAUGGCAAUAAUAAUAAUAAUAAUAAUAACAAAGUCUUAAAAAAGUAAACUAAGCCAUUAAAACUGCAAACUUUGAGUUUUAUCAGCAACUUCCCAAGUUUAGUUUUUGUGAUUUUAUUUUUUACAAAACAACUGCUCUAUAUCAAUUAUUAUACUCUGCAUGACAGUCAAAUACUAGUUUGGCCAUUAUGUACUGAACUUUAGUUAUUUAAUUUUUUUUUAAAUCAUCUUUCCCAAUCUGUUAGGUUUCCAUCAAUAUGCUGCUGAGUUUAGUCAACUGGAAAGAUGGCAAGGACACAGAAUCUGGUAGCGAGCUCACCGUGGGAAAGAAGAAAAAGAAGGAUGGGGGUCUUCUACUGAGGCCCAUUAUUUGCAUCUGCAAUGACCAGUGAGUAGUUGGAAUGGCCUAAAGUGAUGCAUUCACCUACACAGUGCUAAUCUUUCGAAACACAUCCUUACUCUAUGUGCAAACUUCAAUCACUGUGGGGGUUCUUGCAUGGAAUGUAAUGUCCAGCCACAUUAUAACAAGCUAAAACAUUGCUUGUGCAUAACUUUAAAUCCUUAGCUCUUAUCUAAAUGAAUUAGGUUUUUAGUAUUUGAAUGUAAGCAAAUUGCAUAUUUUAGGAGCAAAUAGCUGAUAGAAGUGUGACGAAAAUGAAAGCUGUCAACAUAUUACAUGCUACAGGACUCUCAGAUUGUUAAAAAGACAAGUGUGUGAUGAAAAUAAAAAGUGCAAAUUGUAAGAUUGUCUUGCGGCUUUGCGUGACCCUCCUCUCCCCUUCUUUCUUAAUGCAGGUAUGUCCUAUCGUUACGGCAACUGAGGCAGCAAGCUUUCAUGUUAAAUUUUCCUCAAACUCUCCCCUCCAGGCUUGUACAAAGAUUAUAUGAGGUAAAGUGGCUGUCCUACAGAAGCCACAGGUUUCUUUCUCUAAAAAUCUGUACAAAUUCCAUCAAGAGGCACGGGGGAGGUAUUCAGUUAUUCACUUAAUUGUGAGUUUUCAAACACUGUGCACCAUUUAGGCAUUAAUUAUUGAUUUCUUCACCCUCCUCCUCAUUUCGCAGUUUACCAAAACCCCAUCUAGUAAAUAACCCUUUAAUGGAAAGUUAAAAUCUGUGUCCCAAAAACAUGUAUAUUGAAGCAUGGUGAAAAGGAACUAAUAGGUUUAUUUAAUUUACAAAUUGUCAUAAAAAGGAAGUAAUCUCUCUAAAUGUAAAAAGCCUUUUCUCUCUCCCUAUAGAUUUGCUUGCUUAUCCAAUGAGUACAGGAUUUGGGUGACCUCUUGAGAAAUCAUAUAAUUAUUGCUUGCCUCUCAAACUAGCUUUAAUCAUGUAGAGAGGAGACUUUGCCUAUACUAGAUCUAGGCACAAACAAGAACAGUCCUGAGCUAAAUUGUUAUGGUUCUUUACCCUACAUGUGAAACUGUGCAUCCCCAGACUAGCCUGUCAGCUAGUUACUCCUGAUAGACCUGCAGGACUCAGUCAGUAAGGUGUCUACAUCUGAAUUGCUCUUUUGCCUUAAAGAGGUUAUAUAACACUAAAAACCAAACAAACUUGUAAAAUAGAGAAACAGAGAAUGAAUAAAACCUUAAUUGCUCAGUGAGUUGUUUUCUCUCUGGAACUUCUCUAGCAAGUCUCGGCCACAUUUCUUCUUUUUUAAUCCCCAAAGAAAUUUGUAACAAAGACAACCACAUUAACACUCCUCCUAAUCCCGUUAUUUUUGUGAUUUAUCGGACAAGUUGUUUCGAGCACUUCUUGUUCAAUGAACAGCUGUACUAUGAUGACAUAUUGACACAGUCACGUCUCGCUGAGCUUGUAUUGUAUCUAGGUUACGUGGUAGCACUGGGAGGCUCGCUCUAAUUAGCCAUUUUGGCUGUAUAUGUUUGGCUGUGUAUGUUGAUCCUGUAUUCUGUUAAUUCACACCUGGUGCCAAGCAGCUGUUCAAUUCUAACUUGGCAGAAACUCUGUGCCAGUUACGCUCAACUGCCAGAAACGCUGUUGGAAAACAAAUCCCACCUGGGCAAAAAAAAUAAAAAAAUUGUGUGCUGUGAUCGGAUUUUAUCUUUUUUGGUAUUGGAAUACACACUGUGAAGUUUAGCUAGCAGUUUAUAUUGUCGUGUUUGUUUUUUAUUAUAUCAUCCCUCCUUUGCCAUACUAAAAAUUAUUUUCAUUUUAUUUUGAUAUUUUGGAGCAGUAAUUGUGAGAAGCCUGCACAAUCUUGCUAAUUUUAUUGCGUUUUUUUUAAUUAAAGAGUAGUGCCCUCUGUGAGUGCAAUAAACUGACACGAGAAAGGACCCACACCUCUUCCCAAGAUUAUUGCUUUUAUAUAUUUUACUGUGUGCGUUUAAAAACAAAUCCAUUCGGAAUCCUAUGUUAAUGCUGCCGUGUUUUUGUUUUUUUAGAGUUACAUGGACGUUAGACCUAGCUCGUUUAUUGGGGUAGAGAAUUAUGUUGUAUAACUUCUAUCAUCGGUUAUUCUUGCUUGUUUAUAGAUUACCAUCAAGCAGGAUAUGAAGGCUGAUACAGGAGCUCUCAUGGCAUUGUGUGAGAAAACAGAGAACGAUAUCAGAUCCUGUAUAAAUACACUGCAAGUAUGUAUUCUUCAAUGUAUCGGUUAUUCAGUUAAUGGAAAACUUAAACAUACUUAUAACUUUAUUGUCCUGGUUUUUAUCGAUGGAAGUAUUUAUGUAGCGGUGGGCUCCCUCCCUCUAAGUUUAUAGGAAAGGAAUACUUCAAACGCCUGUUUAGCCAUCACUCUUAAUUCCUCAGUCUUUGUGACUAGUCGAGUGGUGGGAAUCCUCAGUUUGCCAAGAAUGAUGAUCGGGCGAACAUAAUAAUUUUAGCAAGUUUCCUGAUGGGAGUAUUCACAUCUGCCUCAGAACUAAGCAACUGCAAAAACUUAGGGAAGGAAAGUCUUUGUGGAAUGUACAGUGAACAAAAUGAUGGAUACUAUGCAGCUUAUAUCAAUAUCACUGUCCUAUCAGAUGGGAUGAGCUAACCUGUUAGUAAAUGCUGCCACGAUGAACCAGGAAAUGGCUCUUUCUGUCUAUCUUUCUGUUUUAUAUCUAUACCUAUCAUGUGUGUGUAUGUAUGUAAGCAACUCCUAAAAUUAUGUGAACAAAAAUUUGUCCGUAAUAGUUUUGGGAAAUCAGGGAAUGUUAUGUUGAUCUCAUUAGACUUUGCCUCUUUUUGUCUUUCAGUUUCUGCAUGGGCGAGGUAAGAAAGAACUUAACAUGAGAACUGUUCAAACUAUGAAUAUAGGCCUCAAGGAUCAGAAUAAGGGCCUGUUCUCUGUGUGGCAGGAGAUUUUCCAGCUCCCCAAAACUCAGAGGUGAGAUUCCUCUAUUACUAAAGAGAUUAUACUGCCCAACUUUUCCUACAAUUAUGUCUUGCUCUUUUCAAAAACCUCUAGAGUGUGUGUGUGUGUGUGUGUGUGUGUAUAUGAUUAGAAAGUUCUAACUUGUGAGUUAUAUAAUAUUUUCUCCUUUUUGACCCUCUCUGACUCGCCUUUUAUAUUGUUUAAAGGAAACGGAUCGGUCAGGAUGUCUUGCCCUCUGACUUACAGCAGUUUCUGGGAACCUACAGUGACCCAGUCAACCAAAACAGAACACCUCUCAGUGCCAUUGCUCAAAGGUUUCAUCAUAUUCUGCACCUGAGCACCUCUACUGGGGAAUAUGAGAAGCUAACUAUGGUAUGUGGAAAUGUUGGAAUUAUUUGUUGUACAUGUCUGUCUUUUACAGGGUGCACAUUCGUACUCGCUGUCACCAAAUAGAUGGUGCAAGUGUAUUUGUUUGUAAGCUAUAGGUAAAAUAAAAGUUGCUCAAACGUGAUUGUUUACUCAAUUUACGAAAUUGCAAUGCCAUAUUUUAUCAUUCUACGUAUAUUGAUAACUAUUGUUGCUUGCAAGAUGAGUUUAUUGGAAAAAUAGUAACUACUCUGUCCUGUGUUAUGUAGAUUACAAGUUCAAGGAGCAUAGUGAGUGAUUUGAACAAAUCCUGUGCAUUCUUCUCGGAUCAUUUCCAAUAGUUUUCAGUAUUGAUACUCUCAUACUGAUCAUACUCACAUAAGCGAACUACUUUAGUUUCAACAAGAACAUUUAUUUACAAACAAUGGCACCACAAUAUGCCUAUCUGUUUAUGGCUAAACUAGAACAGAAAUUUAUUUAAGCACAAAACUACAAACCUUUUAUUAACUACCGCUACAUUGAUGUUCUAUAAAGCAAUUUCGUGACUCAAUUCUUUCCAUCGAUAAAAUGUAAAUUGGGGCUUUUUGCUACACUUUUGUUUUUAAAUUAGUUCUUUGCACCUUUUCAUUGAGCUGCUAUAUACUUUACACUACAGCUAUAUGUUAAUGUAUGGGUAUAUGGGUACAACACACAGACUUCUGGAUUAGUAUUUGCCCGUUACCUGUCCCUCUCCUCUUUAACUUGCGAUCACUUCCCAAAAGCUCAGCGCUAUGAAUUUGUUAGUCCAAUAAAAACGGUAUUAAAAGAAACUGCGAUGCGUCCUUAAUUUUGCAGUAAACUGAACGGCACACAAAAGCAGAAAUAUUCAUUAAGUGGUCCCAACAAUACAGGACACAUGCACCCUGCAACACUGAAUUACAAUUAUUCCACAUGAAAUUCAUUCAGCUAUAAGUGGGAACACUCAGUUUCAACCCUGAUCUGUAUUUGUCAAAAGCCUGGUCCAUGUAGAAAUAUUUCCUAUCUGCCAAUGGUUUGGCUGGGUAAACCUUUAAUAGAAGCUCUGAAAUUCACCAGUACGGAGCUAAUAUGUAUUGUAAUUCCUUUUUGAAACAGUCUAACACUUGGUACGGCUAGCAUGUUCUGUAAAGUAUGCGAAUAUAUACUCGUAUUGAUAUGUCUUCCUAUAGUGUGCCACUCCACAUUGUUUGGGUGGGUUUUUUUUUUUUGUGUUGCAGGUUUUAUGAUUAUUUAGCUGACAUUCUUUCCUUUCUGUUCUUGUUUUCAGGGAUUAUAUGACAACUUUCUGAAUAUGAAGGUGAAAGAGUCCAACUUCCAUACAGUUUGCGUGGCUCUGGAUUGGCUAGGGUUUACAGACAUUGUGAACACAACUAUAAUGCACGGGCAGAACUUUCAGCUCAUGCGAUACCUCCCUUUCCUCCCUGUUGCGUUCCAUCUCUUCUUUGCAGCUUCAAAUAUCCCACGCAUAGCUUACCCCAACAGCCACUACGAGGUAUGCUCUGGUAAUUGGGUUUUGUUUCUGACAUUGCCCAGUAAACCGUUUUGUGAUAUGUUAGACAAGCCGUCAUCUUGCAUACAGAAAAUACAGAUGGAGAUGAGUGAAACAAAGUGGAAAUUAAAUGGCUCCUAUCCUCAAAUUAGUUUGAUCUCUCAAUUACAUCUUUAAUACAAUGUGAUGUCUGUUGAGUGAUGUUUUCAUUUUGAGAAUUGAAAAAAAUGAGUGUCAUGCAGCAAGAGAAGUGCUUGGCGAAACAAAGAGGUGGUGGAAAAUUGGUCAUAAAAACAUCUCAAAUUAAAAUGUACAAUUUAUAUUGCUGGAGUUAGAAAAGGUUCUUUCUAAUCCGGCUGUAUACUUGUUUUUUAAUCAAAUACUUUUUUUUGCUUCACCGCUAGGCCCAAUCAAGGCUGAAUCAGAUGCAGAAUCUCCUAAUGGCAAUGAUUGCAGAAAUUUCUCCUGGUAUCCGUGCACGUGUUGGACUCCAAACAUUAGUUCUGGACGCCCUGUGUCUUCUCCUGGAUGUAAUUUCUCCAAAGCUGAGGCCGGUAUGUAAUCAAAAGGCCAUUUUUUUUUCUCUCUCUAAUAUACUUGUAAUAAGGAACCAAUUGCCAUUUUUUUUUUUUAAUAUGCCAAUAACUUAAAAAUGAUUCAUUUCUAUAUAAACAAAAUUAUGUCAGACAUCAUUGUGGAGAAUUGAUAUAUAAUUUUUAGAUAAGUACUGUUUUUCUGGGCCUAGUUCUGGGAGUUUUAUGGUGUGCUAUGAUGUUUGGUCAGCUACUCACUCUUCAUUCCUGCAAUGGGAAACACAUGGUUUCAAAUCAAUAAGUGAACAAGGAGAUUUUAACAAAGUUACCUCUGCCAAUCUCACCAUAUGAUCUAGCACAAAAAAAUUGACCGCAUUAGUUUUAAUACUGAUGCUUUAAGCACAAGAUUGUUUUCCAUCAAGACUUAAUUUAACAAACCACCUGUCACUGUAGGCAUUGUUGGCACUUUCUACAAGUUUUCAAUCUAAAAGAGAUGAAAUAGAUGAGAAACAAUGUCAAAGACUGUGUAGUAAACACAAGGAUGCUGAUAAGCGUUAUAAGUGUUCGAGAACCAUUGUCCUUUGAAUUAGUAGAGGGGAUGUGUUGGGGAGUAUUAUAGAGCUGAACGAUAAAACAGGUAUGUAGAGGCCUAUGUAAAUCAAGAUGGGAAAUCAGUCAAAGGUAGUUUAGAGCGGUUCAAGGUUUAAAAAAAAAAAAUGGUUUUUAAAUAAUCAUUAUUAAAGGGAACACUGUUCUUGAGAAGAGUAACUCUUGCCAAAAAUAAUGAAAAAAAUUGACAGCUAAUACAUACCUCAGGCCCAGUGUUGAAAACACCAUUCAGCUGGCUAGCCACCCAUUGCUCCCCUUAAUCUGAUAAAAACUCCAGCACUGUGCGGGUAUGCCGGCACGGCCCCGCCUCCUUGGCUGAGAUCAUCAGAAUUGAUUGCUUUGAAUGUGUCCCUAGGCAGUAAUGCAAAAACCUUUUUAAUCUUUUCAGUGUUUACAUUGAAAAGCCUGCAGGGAUAUGCUAUGCUCACCAGAACAACUACAUUAAGGUGUAGUUGUUCUCGUGCCUAUGGUGUCCCUUUAAGCUUCAAAUGACAGUGGAACAUCCAUAGAAACAGCUGGAGACAUGAAAGGGGUCAAAUCAGGAAAGAGAGGGUAAAUUUGAGUGUCCUCAUCAUGUUGGGAAUAGAACAUCUAAUGUGGGGAGGGUUGAGUGAGUGGUUUAGGAUGUUUGCAAUUUUUUUUUUUUUUUCCCUCAAUGCAAAGGUGGGGUCAUUUACAUUUCUUGUUUUUACACCUCCUGUAAAAAUACUAACAAAACCUUUCUUUUUUUCAUUGAAUCAAUUUUUAUUGGAUUUUUCAGUAAUCAUGUUGCAGUAUAGUACAGAUAUCCAAUGACCAGCACCAUCUGUUUCUAACAAAACAUUUCUUACUGCGAUUCUGUACAUUUUCAUGUUAGACAACUGGGGUAAAAAUACAAAUCUCCAGCUUAUUAUACAACUUUCUUCUUUAAAGACCAAGUCCCCUGACAAACUUAAAUACAUGUCAUUAAACCCAUCGUUCCUUGAUCUCUCAUUGCUGGAAUUGUCCUUACAAGGUCAAUUUGUUCCCGUGUGGAUGAAGGUUAUUUUUUUAAUGUUCUUUAUUUAGACCUGUAAGCCCUGGGCUCACGUUCUUUUUAAUUUAAAUCUUGACUGAAGUUAACAAAAAGCAAUUUAAUCUUGUGUCUCCGGGUGAGCCAAAGGGCCUGUUCAAUUAGCCUGAUAACUCACAAUUCUUUUAAAAGCUUGGAGACCUAGACUAUAAAAUUCAACGUGCAGUUAGUAACCUUUUUCUUCUUCCUGGUUACUCUGGAGAUAUGUAGGUCUUUCGGGGACUGUUCUCACCCCAUAUAUGGCCUGAAUAUGCGAUCCACUCAAAGAUCAAUACAGAAUGUUUUCACACUUCUUUGUUGUUCUCUGUGUGAUCUAAUUAGUCCGAUUUCUGUUGUGUGCACGUGGCUUGCUGGGUAAAGGCAGAGUGAUAUUAUAAGAAAUUGCACGGUUAGAUUUAUGCGAUAUUAAAAUAACCUUUUGUGAGCUUGUGCUGGUAAUUGCACUUAGCUUAAAAUGUUCUUAUAUCUGUCCUACCUUCUUAACACAGAUUACGACCACAUUAUAGCGCCAUUACCUACUUCGUUUAACGUAAUGUGAAACCUUACCAUACCACUCUAUAUCUUAAAGCAUCUCUCCUUUCCAUUCUCCACAAUGUAAUUCAUUUUAUGACUUGCAAUAAUAUACAAAAAAAACUCUCUCCCUUUUUACUUUCUAUAGUAAAAAUAAAACCGAGGUAUCACUCACCCUCCCCUCAAAAGGGGAGAAUUGGUAGUUAUUGCAUCACUAUCUUUUUUUUUUUUUUUUUUUUUUUUUUUUUUUUUUUUUUUUAAUCCAUUUUUGUAAUUGCAGCAAAUGACAACCUAAUCUUUCCUACAACAAAGUAUAGAGAAUACAUGCACUUGCUCUAAAUGCAUAGCGAAUAAUAAUGUAAUAUAUUUGUGUUUGUUAGUCCACCCAUUGUACAGCGCUGCAGAAUUUGUUGGCGUUAUGUAAAUAAUAAAUGAACACAAGGUAAUACCACGUGUCCUGUUCCAUGAUUUUUGUCUAUUUCACUUCUUCAGCAUAAGAAUUCUAAAUACUUCAGAGCAGAACUCAUGUGGUGCUCUUCAGCACAAGUCUGACCUUGCUCAAAUUGUCCUGGCCAGCGGUAUUCACUCACUGAUAAGAGAAGUGUUAAUGGAGCAUGUUUUGGAAGCAGACCUAUGAUAUGAGUGAUCAGACACAUUGAUGUAUGCCCUUUACCUGCAUGAGCGUAUCACUGCCGAGAUCAAUAAGUUUCCUUGAAGAAAAAUGUUCCCAGCUAUUCUUUGAUCGAUGUUUGGAAGCAAUGCCUUUUGUCUGCUCACUUUCCUGGAUGAAUAAUUGAUGGUAGAUAAGUGUUUGUAAACAGGAAAUCUAUACCUUUCCACUGCAUCUCCCUAGCUGGACAUAUCACCUUUAACUCUUCCCCGUCCCGGCAGAUUGACGCUUGUAGUAUACAGUGUUCUAUAGAAGUGUUGUACAUAACCUAUGGCUUACCUCUAGCAGGGACAGUCUACUACUAUGUUGCCUGUUUGGUAGGCAAUGUUGGCUAGAAGGAUCUUUUACUUGGAGUAAGAUAUUGACUGCAAAUGAUGGAUGUACAGACUGGCACAUUUCAGAUAAGGCUAAUUUCUGGUCAAAUAUAAUCUUAAAAUAAAGUUUUAUAGCAAAACUCCAGAUGAUGGGUACAAUGCAAAGGGGAAGUUACAAUUAAUUGUGCUGGUUGUUUAGGUUUUGAGUAGUGGGAGUUUAUUUUUUUAAUCUGCUUAAUAAUUACUCUAAUUCCUACAUAGUCCUUCUGUACCCCCCUUAACUACUGCAUAUUAGAUAAGUUCAGCAGUUUAGGGCCUGACGAGGCCCAAGGGAGGCCAAGACAAUCGUCUAGGCUUGCUGUAUCUCUCGUGCAGAACAAAUGUGCCAGCGUUUUGGUCCUGAACUGCCAUUAUGGGUGGGAUCAGUCUGAUAUGCUCUGUAAUAACACAAGUGAGCAGAAUCUUUUUGAGACCUGUGCAGGGAUUUACUAAAGGGCAAGCUACAGAGUUUCUCUAAGCUUUUGUCAGAGUUCUCCUAUUCUUCAAAUUCACUAGUGCUAUAGAAAGAUAAGAGACUACUCAUGAUUGGUUGAACAUCUUCCAGAGCCUGAAACUUCAAAUGGAUGUCUUGGUUUUGGUUUGGUGUGUUGUAUAGGCUUUUUUGGCCAGUAACAAGUUCCGAAACCUUCUAUUUAUAGACCAUACAGGCAUUGUCUCUGCCCAUGUGUUUUAGGGCACUGUCUCAUUCUGUUAUCUCAUCUUCCCUCCAUUGACUUGAGAAAUGUCGUAAAGCAAAUGUGUAAAGAAUAAGUGGAUUUUCUGUACAUUGAAUGUGCCUAUUACAUGUCCCCCUCUCUAACUUUUCCUGCAACUUGGUGAAUGAUCUCUCAACUUAAGUGACGUUUUCUUGUAGGUGAAUACGCAGCUGUACAGCCUGAAAGAGAAGCAACAGCUGGCCGAGCUAAUUAACACGAUGCUGGCAUAUAACUUGACAUACCACCAGGAGCGUACGAUGGAUGGGCAGUAUGUCUACAAACUGGAUCCGUGAGUAGAACACCACGUAACCAGAGGUCACAGUAGAGUUUCUAUAGGUAUUCUUGAUUCACACAGCCACAUAAAAAUAAUUGCGUAUAAUGAAGUGGUGUAAUACAGUAUGCAUUUAAAAUGGGGCAAAAUUAGUUCAAACUUGUCUAGGUUGCAGAUACAUCACAAACCACAGAUAAAUCAAAACAAGGAAGUAUUCACAUGUAUCAAAUUAAUUUUAUAGACUUUUUUUUUUGUUUUAUAAUUCAAUCAUUACAUGCGCACAAGCACCCAUAUGCUUACCAAAAGGAUUGAUUGGGGACAUCACACACAUAUAAAUAUGCUGUGGAGGUAAGUGUGUUUAUUUACCUGCAAUACACUCCUCACCCUCAUUAAAAACCUCAUUAGCAUUGGUUAAUUUUAAAUUUCACAGAAGUAACCUUUCCUCCUCAGAUGGUAUUUUAUCUAGAGAUCAGCCCAAAAUGUAUUCUGAAUCAAUUCACAUCACCUCAACACAAACCAGUCUGGUUUUAAAUACCCCCAGAGAACUUCACAUGGAAUAUUGUAUCCUAGAUCAGGAACGUCACAUGUAUAAGAACACAGACUUUGGAUUUAAUUAUUUGAGGUCUUUGUACUAAGAGCUGAAAGCAGUGGAAUGCCCAUUGGUUUCAAAACCAAAUUUAAUCAAAUCGGCUAAUUAUAUUAACCAAAAUUGCACCUGCAUUCGGCUGAUGUUCUUUGUUACUUGUUCAAACCAGCCAAGAUGCAGUACAUUUAGAUGAAUCCCCUAUUCACAAGUAAUUCUUCUCCUCAUCUGGUUGAUCCAGUUUCACGAAUAUGGACCAGGGGAAGUGCACUCAUAACUCUAAACCCUCCUAACCCUAAAUCACUCUUGGGGUUUACUUCUUAACUCCUACCUACCAGUGAUGGAAAUUGAGACCACUUUUAAAGCUUCCUUUUACAAAGUUUAACAUAGCCUUAGUAGGACCACCUGGUCCUAGAAUAGUUAAUACACACACAUUUUUGUUUAGGGGCUUGUUUUUUGUUUUUUUUCUUCUGGAGCAUCUCAUUUAGUUGACCCUUCCUGUAAGGGUGACAUUGUAUCUCUUGUGCAAUGUACGCCACAUGCUUUCUGAUGGCUGGGUUUUGGUGGGUGGGGAGGGAGGGUAGAGCUGAGAUAAGCUGUGGUCUGUUACAUAAUCUCCAAGGAAUAGUCUUCCUCGCUAACAGAUUAUGCCGCAGUGCUCGCUAUUUGACUUAUCCGCUUGCUUUGGGUAUUACAUGAACUGCACACUUGUCUGGAGCAGAUGGCACUUCGUACUGAAACACUUUUUUUAUUCCUUCAGUGUUUUCAGACUUAACCAGUUCAGCUCUGGCCUGGGACACACUCUGCAGAGUCCGCUACAAAUGACCUCAAUUGAGGCAGUGAAACAUGCUCCAAUGCUUAAUGUGUCAAAAAGAUUUUUCUGAAGAGCAUGCCAGUCUGUAAUGCUGAUUGACAGCUAUUCCAAUUUUGAGAAUAAACCAAAUCCAGAGUACAUUCCUUUUUUUAUUGUGGUUUUUUUAAGAGGCUUCUUAACCCCUUCUUGUUUCUUGGUAACAGAUGUUUAUUGUUGUAGUCUAGCAGAUAAAAUUAGGUCUUGUCUGUUCAAAAGUUAAUGAGCUUUUGUUUCAGUAUUGCAGCAUGAGACUAACAAUCUUUGUUACAGUGCUCCAAAAAAGAAUUUGUAAUUCAAUAAUGCCUUACCUUAAAUACCUUCAUUUAUAAGGACCAAUUCCUGUAUCAGAUAGCAGUCUAAAAAUAGUCUUUGUGUAAGGAGACUAAAAGUUACCAAAUGGUUUUCUGUAGGGAUAAAAAAAUAUGAAGACUUUAUUCUUUAAAAAAAAAAAAUUGUAUGCUUCAGAUACAUCGUCAAAGCACCGAUGUUCCAGGUUUUCUCAGCUAUAUCUAUUGGAACAGAAUUGCCAAAAUCAUGGAUUUUAGUGAACCUCAAGGAUUGUUACAAAUCAUUAGUGCUUUAGAUGCACAGUACAUUAACUUCUAAUUUUCCAUUUGUAAAAUGCAAACUGUUGGAAAACCAAGAGAGAAAAAAAUGAAAUAAAAGUUUAGUGAAUUUAAUUUAUUUUCUCAGAUUUUUUUUUUCUCUCCACUUGUGUUUUCAUACAUGGGAUAAUUUGGUUUUUAUGCUGGAUUCGUAUGCUGGCCUUUUGGUACCAUGAAAUUUAGUUUCGUUUGACUUUCUGGAUGCAUUUAAGAGAAUUCUAUUGGAUUACUUAGUGACCUUUGUUAGGCAUGUUGGAGAAAGUUUAAUCUGAUCAGCUUCUACAUGAACAGAGAUUAGAACGUCUUCUCUCCUACCAUCGGUCCUUGCCGUGGGCGAUAGAACUGCAUGUGUUUCAGCUACGUUUGUGUCUGCGACGACUUAUGUUUCAGGCCCGUUGCAAGGAGCCACUUUUUAUGACUGAUUGGGGAAUACCGCUUGCUAUGGCUUUACUAAUUCUGGGCAUAAUGUACCUAGUCAUUUACCUGCCAGCCAUGCAGUUACACUCCUUACUUGAUCAUAAUCGAAACAACUAUUCUGAGGACUUUGGUGUACAGAUGGGGAAGAGUUAAUUCCAAAUAUGCCCCCUUUCCUGUCCUGCUUUGGACGUGUGUGUGUGUGUAUAUAUACACAUAUUAACUGCGCUGAAACGCAGUCUGAAUCAUUAAGGGGUUUUGCAAAGGUUGUUUUGUAGGAGGCGUUAAGCCGGUAGGGGUGGUUGCUCAAAGUCUGUGUUGAUACCUUGGAAUUUUAUAUUUAAUUCUUUUACGGCUUCUGGAAUUCUAACCAAGGAAUCUUGGCGCUUUUCUGGAACUGUUUUUCCAAAACCAUUUUCCAAUGGAGUCAUUACUAGACCUUGGAUCUAAAACUGGAAGUAGAUUUAGAAUUGUUUGGUUCUGUAUAACUGCAAACAUGCAGCCCUUAAUACAUACAUCUUUUUGUUUUCGAAUGAUUGCUGAGCAUAAGACGUGCAGUUCUACUGUAGCUGGAAUACUACCUGCUAUUACUCAAAAUCUACCAGGUAUGCAAAUAUCUUAAGCUACUGUAUCUGUGGUCCUUGUAAAAUGGUUUGAGAACUCUCAUCUGAUUUUUAUUUUUAUUUUUUUCCUUGAAGCAAAUGACUGAACAAAUUAGUUUAAUUUUUUUUUUUUUUUUUUUAGAGGCAUAACAUUGUAUGGGGUACAGAAUGAGAAAGGGGAGACUAUAAAGUUUCAUACGAGUAUAAUACAAUGCUGUUUUCAUCAUCUCCGAGUAACUGUUAGCCUCAUUUUAUAUUAAGGAGAGUAAAACAAAGCAGGUACGUUAUGCUAUAAAACAGUGCUCUAUCUUGCAAGACGGUCUAAAUUAAACGUUUAGUUGAUAAACUACGCUUUUUCAUUAUUUUAAUAUUUAGCAAAUUUUUAGAACUGCCUCUUCAUAUAUUAGAUGAGAUAAUAAAAUUAUGAGCUGUAGAGAAGCUUAACAUUCCACCAGACCGUAUCAGGUGUUAAGGUAAAAUAUAGGUACAAGCAAGCAGUAUACAGUUUGUGCAGUCAAGGUAGUUUAAACGAUUAUAGGCAAGAAACAUGUGAGUGUACUAUAUUAAGUUCUCUAUUAUAUCAAGGAUCAGCAGUGGUAACUGUUUGUGAUUAGUCCCAUUAUGGCGUUUCGGCUUUAGCCAGCAAACUCGAGUUCAGCUUAUUCCCAAAGAUGGGAAGUGUGGGUCUUGUGUGUUGAGGGCGCUGGUGGUGGCUGCUGCGCUCUGACUGCUCCGUUGGGCAUCCCUCCAGUCCCAGGCCAGCUGAGAGGCCAGUAUCUUCGUGCCACGGACUUGGGGGCUCUUGGGGUCCCAGUCCUCCCCUCUAGGGGGUAAGCAGGAGGUUGUGAUGGUAAGUGGCAGCUUGUAGUGGGUGAUCCGCCGCUUGUGUGGACGGUGCUGCGGGGUUCUGGCCCUUGUGGCCCUCGGCCUAGGUGAUCUCUUAAUGUGGGGAGGUUUGUGUGAUUUGGAGACUUGGGUGAUCAAAGGGGGCCCACUCACCAUCCGGCUUCAGCCUCCUGGUCGUCCUCUUGAUGUUGGGGCUUUGUUGUGUUUUGUCGUGCCUCCAACCUGCCCCAGAAGCGGGUGAAGAUUUCGUCCAGCCUCCUUUGGUUGAUCUGUGCCGGGUAUAGAGGCUCUGGCAUGGAUUGCUGGGAGUUAGCGCCUUUCAGGGCAAAUCUGGUCGCCAUUUUGUGCAGUUCUGCUGGGGCUGCGUUUCAGCAAGAUAGGGUGAGUAGCUUUGCUAUGUGCAGGCUUGGGCGGACUGGGAUAACCCCCGCCGGUCCAGAGGGGGGGAGACAGGGCUGUGUUGCAAGCUUGGGAGGGCACUAGGUCGCACAGAGCAGGGGUUUGUCCGGCGGUGCUGUUAGGCCUCACUCCCGCCUCCCUUGACAGUCACUCCGUGCACCCGCAGGCGACAGACCCGGGGCACUUUGGCUGGUUCCUUCGGUAGGUAUAACUUGGUUCAGGCGUUUGUGAGGGUCCCGGCUGGCUGGUGUGCGGUUAAUCCGGCUGGAAGGGAAGAUUGAGCUCGGAGCUCACACGAGGCACGUCCAGCCGCCAUGAAGCCCAGGCCCUGCCCCAAUGACUGUUUUUCACCUACCUUUAUUUAAGUUUCAUUUUUAAACUAAAACCUAUUUAUCUCCUAAACCUCUAAUAAGAGCUACAUUAACCCCUUACAUGGCAAGAAAAUAAAGUUCAGUAUUCACCCACAAGUAGGAAAGUUAAAUCUCUGAAGUUGUUUCCCUUCAGCGUAGCUUUGAAUUAAAGGAAAAUAGAAAAAAUAAAAGUGAAAGAAAAAUGAAUCCGGUUUAAACUAAAUGUUUUACCUGUGGUUUGUGAGCAAUAUGUUGCGACUUUUGUCUUUGAAAUGUUGAAGUCUGUGUGAAGUUUGUAUAGUUACCAAAUCUUUUACCAAGAUAUGUGACCGCUCUAUGAUCCAAGUUACUGCAGUGCUGGGCUAUGCCCUGUCCUCGCAGUUGCCAUUUUGCUCUGACAUAGCGAGUGUUACAUAUGUUGUGCAUUGUUCUCUUAUAUUCUGAUUCUUUUUCAGCAAUUGACUUUUUCAGCAAGUCACGUUGAGCAAAGCCACAGGAUUAGCUGUUGGCUCUACUCCUUUGUCAGAUUCUACCAUUAUGCAGCAAGCGAUGGCCAUUUGUUGCUCUCAGGAAUCCAGGGUGCUUUGUUAUCCACUUUUGAUUUUCAUGUAUUACAGAAAUGUGGAAGAUGUUUGCAGGUUUCCAGAUCUCCCUGCCCGUAAACCUUUGACUUACCAAGCCAAGCAACUUAUAUCAAGAGAGAUUGAACUGGAGAAGAUGAGGAGAACAGAAGCCUUCCAACAAGCAAGGAAUUUGGGGAAGGUGGGUUGAAAAAUUAUGAACUAGGAAGAGAUUUCAUACAGAGAGAAUGUUGACAAAAAUACUUUGCAUUAGUAACAUUUCCAUUUGUGCUAUUGGAUAAAUCAUACCAUUUCCCAGCACGCUUACUUAUUGUCUGCUUUUUUUGUUUAUAAAACUUUGUAGGAUGUCUUUUAAAUUUUAAAUAAUUGUAUUUUUUUAAUUGUGACAUUCUUGCUGGGUGGAUUAGAAACCAUUCUAAAAAAAAAAAAAAUAAGCAAAUACAAAUAAAUUUAAUCUGAAGUGGGUUUGAAAUACAAUUUGAAACAACUUUUUAAUAGCAUUUCCUCUUUGCACUGUGCUAGCUAAAUCCUAGUCCAAAUAAUGUGACCAGAGUUGUGCGCUGGUCUGUUACAGUAAUUUAUAGGGGGCAUCUUGACCUACCAAUAACCAUUUUUGUGACUUGGUAAGUCAUUUAAAGUAUUUUAUUUAUACCAACUAAUUUCUAAGUACAUUCACUGCGGUUGUACGAAUAGCGUGGUGAUACACAGAGCAUACAUACAAAAAAGAGGGACAGGGGGCAGGGGCCUGACAUACGAGCAGAGCAAACGCAUGCCUUGUGAGCCAAGAACUGAUUUUAAGCAGCCCGCAAAUCUGCAGAUCAGACCGCACAAACGCAACCAUAUUGAACAGUGGCAUUCUGGCGAACCCACCGUUAAAAUUGUCGCUACUCACCGGAUCACCCAAAUCCUGACUUUGCGGCCUACAGGCGGAUCUGGCCUAGGAGAGACGGACGCUCUCCUGACAUCCUGGUCGGCUGAGCAGAUCAAGCAGAUGGGUUUCCCCCCCCACCUCUGGACUGGUGGGGGAUAUCCCGGUCCCCACCAGAGAACGCUACUACAUAUUCAAGGCAUAGCAGCCUGUGCUCACCUUACAGACCAGAGGAGAGUGGCGAAGCUUAAAUGGCCGCCGCACCGACCAAGCUCCACUGGGAAAUUACGUUUCAUGCAGCUUUUGAUGCCCUGUGUGCAGCAUUCUGGACCCGGAGAGUCCUGCCAACAACAACUCACUCAUUUCAGCUGUGACCACGGAGGCCUCCAGCUCUGUACUGACCGCCUGUACAUCUCCUAGGCUGAGAGCAAAAAAGAACCAGCAUCCCACGCAGCCUGUACCUGUGGUAAAACCUACUCGCAGAGCUCCCACACGGAGAAACCCUGCCAGACGGAGAUCUCGCCGACCUCCCCUACCUACCUGCAAGCGCCCAGGCGGUCCAGCGCUCUACGGAACCUUGAAGACUCAGCCUGAACGCAGUGAGGAGAGUUUUUAUAACGCUGGGAGCUGGUGGACAGCGACGAGAUAUAGAGCCUGUGAUGAUCCUGAAGACCCUGAUCACCUGCCUCAGCAUGGCCAGCUGGCAACAGGCAUUGGAUGACCACAGAACUCAGAGCCCAUUACUCUCCCUGGUUUUAUACGGUUUCUCUCUUCUCCUUACAUAAAGCUAAGCCCACUAUUAAGCAUGCAUAGGCUGUAGCCAGUAGAACUCCUCUAGGUGGUAGUACUCUCACUUAUUAGCAUUUCUCAAUCUCAAAUGUUUUUAUCUUCGUUUUCUUUUCCCUUUAUUUUGAUAUCACGCAUUUAAAGCUUUUCAUGCAGGCACACCAUGGUUAACUUUUAGUCGUGCACACAUGCAUACUGUCCUAUCUUGUUUAAUAUUAACGCCUGUACAUGCCCCGUAAAAUACUCAUGCAUACCUUGCCUGUCAGACCAUGUUCUUAGCAUGUAAACCUUACUCCAUUCAUGAAUAUCUAACCUGUUAACAUGUGUUUGUAGUAUAAAAAAGUAGCUGACUCGCUUGGGAGUAUCAUUUGUUAAAUGUCGUAUAUUGUAUAUGCGACGUACCAUCUGAUUUUACCCCUUGCUUACUAUUCUGUACAUUGUGAAUCUUCUGCCACAAUAAAAGAGAGAGUGACAAAAAAAAGAGGGACAGGGUAAGUUUAAAAUGUUACAUGAGGGAUUAUUUUGCAGUAUCAGUCUGUUAAACGUGGCAGUGAACUGAAGCUUUUGAGACUGCGUUGGAGCGCGGAAGCAACCUUCAGCUAAAUAUACUCUUUGAUCUAGACAUUUUGUUUUUUAGUCAAUCGUAUGGCUUAACCCCUUAAGGACCAAACUUCUGGAAUAAAAUGGAAUCAUGACAUGUCACACACGUCAUGUGUCCUUAAGGGGUUAAAGUAGUACCAACAAUUUAAGUUUAUCAGUUUUCAUCUGUACCAGAAUGACUAGCAAAUGUAUAGGGGUUUUUAUUCCUCCAUCUUUCACUCUAUUCUUUAGCUUAGUCUGCAUAGAUCUCUGCUGGAGACUGAGUGGGCAGGAGAACCAUACACGGGUAGUUCUCCAGCUCUCCGUCACAGUAACUAAAGUGGGUGAGCUGCUGUGAUAUUCCUCUUCUGUCUCAGGCUAACUAAAGGAGAAUAGUUAUGCAAGUGAUGCCGAUCCGCUGGCAAGGUAGCACACUACAGAGUUGAGCUCUCAAUGCCCAUUUCCUUAAAGGGUUACUCUGGCAAAAGAAGCAUUUUAAUAGCCUUGUUUUUGGUCGGAGUAACCCUUGCCAUUGGAUGCCUGUCACCCACAUUCUGUGUGCAUAACGCAUAUCUAAUAUGUACAGAACUGAUAUUAGCCAGCGCAAAACUCUUGUUGAAGGUGCAGUUAAACCCCCAGCAACAAAGGGGUGAAGCUCUGUGUGUAGCACAUACUGCCUCCUGUGAUUUGAAGUGGUCAUGGUGCUUGGAGUAACCCUUUAAGUGUACUUGUUAUCACUACAAUAAAUUAUACGAUAGAUUCAUAUCUCCGCUCCCAGAGGAAAUGUUAUAGUUUAAAGUAACCUCGACGUGACUGGUUCACUUAAAAUCAAAUUUACCUUUAGAAGGCCUUGCCUUUCAAGUGUUCUUUGGCUGAAGAGUCCACUUUAAAACAGGGAAAUAAUGAGGCGAAUGGGAUUUGUCCAGCCAUACUCAAAGCUUCAUUUGGGCUUAUCCUCCAGGAGCUUUCUCAGUGCAAACCAAGAACAAGGUUUAAGUGUUGGAAGUGAGCCAGGAGAGAUUUAUUCACUUCUUAUCUAUAGCAGUUGGAUGUUGGGAAGUCCGACUCCUAAGCCUACUUAGGACUUAAAAACAGACAUGAAUUGCAAGACACAAUUUACUGAGGUCUCUGUGGAGACCACUCAUCUGUGCAUUAGGAACUGUGAAAAUCUGAAGACUUUCCCUUUCCUGUAAAGAUGUAGAGAUUUAGAACCUUUUGUAUAACCUACAGGUGAUGCUCUUUAUACGAUUACUAAAACAAUAUUUAUAAAAUAUGAGAAUUUCAGACAUAAAGAUCUUGGGGUUUUCCUUUUUUCCCACUUAAAUACAGCCGCUCGUUUAGUUUUCUUUUUACUUUUGUGUGUUACUGGUUUUAUUUAAACACUAUAGUCUCCAAAACAACUUUAGCUUAAUUAAGACAUUUUUGUGUAUAGAUCAUGUCUCUGAAGUCUCCCUGUUCAAUUCACUGCCAUUUAGGAGUUAAAUUACCUUUUGUUUCUGUUUAUGCAGCCCUUGCCACACCUCCCCUGGCUGUGACUCGCACAACCUGCAUGAAAACAAAAUGUUUUCUCUAUAAAUCAGAUGUAACGUAAAGUUUUUAUUCCAACUCUGUAAAUAGAACUUUUAUUACAUACAGGAGGGUCCUGCAGGGUCUAGCAAGCUAUUAACAGAGCAGGAGAUAAAUUCAAAAUUAAACAGAAUUUACAGUAAAGGAAGUGCAAACAUUAGAUGACUCUUUACAGGAAGCGUUUAGGAAAGCUGUCUGUCACUUACAGGGAGGUGUGCCUUGGGCUGUCUAAACAAAGUGAUUUAACUUUUAAAUGGCUGAUAAUUGAGCAGUGAGACUAAAGGGGCAUGAUUUAUACACCAAAACUGCUUCAUUAAGUGAACGUUCCUUUGUUGACUAUAAUUGUUGCCAUUAUUGGAUCUUCAUCUUGUUUUAUUUGCUUUUUUUUAUAUAUAUUACAGCAACAUCUGCUGUGAUCUCUUAUAGAAACAAAAUCUUGCUCUCUCUCUAGAGAUGAAAGAAAUGUAAUGAUAGCAGUUAUGGCUGGGGAUAUAUGUUCAUGUGUGGCUGCCUCAAAAAAUUACUUUGCUACUAAAAAGUUAAUGUACAACAGCAGCAGCGAGGGGGAAAAAAUAAAGGACAACAGACAUGAUAUUGUGAAUUUAAAAUGCAUGUGUUUUGGCCCAGGGAAUAUGAACCUUUUUUAUUUUUAAAUUGUUUUUCUUUUAACUAUAACCUGUAUAAAGCAAGAUGAUUAAUCCAGAUUCUACCUGUGCCUAUACCGUAAGGCAGAGGUAGGCAACCUCAGGCACACCAGAUGCGGACUAAAUUUCCCAUGAUCCUCUGCCAGCAUUAUGGCUUUAAGAGCAUUAUGGGAAAUGCAGUCCACAACAUCUGAAUUGCCAAAGGUUGCCUACCCCUGCCUUAUAUAUAGAUUUGGCGUUUUACAGGUGAAACUUUCAGUGCCUGCAAGGUACUGUGUACACAUUUAUAGUCUGGAAACAAUUUGGCCCCAUGAGGGUUUUUGUUUGCGUUUGUAUCUUGGAGACCACAAGCCAAGGAAGCAUAAUUAAGAGUUGCAAGUGACGCCUGUGCUGGGUGCCAUUUGUUGUUUAUAUAAAAGUCUCCACAAUAAGGAGAUGAGUAAGCUCCCUCGGGACUUUAUUACAGUAUACAUACAGGAGACUUGCUCAGGAAAUCCAGGGACCGGGGUUGUUUCCAGUGUAUGAUUCACAUCAUAGAAGGUGGAUGACAUUCUAGAAUGUAAUGUUUCAUAUAACCAUUUAGUAUCACUUCACUUUAAAUGUCCUAUGGGACUUUCAUUGUUACUAGGCACCCAGGGUCUCAUUGUGGGAACCAGGCACAGAGUCACAGGGGAUGUUUGCAAGUGAGCAUGUCAUCCUAAAAGUUGGGAUUGACUAGGUCAGAACCUGAUAAAGAAUAUCAAAUUGUUGCAUGUAGCAAAAUGAGCAGCUGAUGUAUAGAUUAAAAGCCCCUUUAUAACGCUGUCUGCAUGUAGGAUGUUUGUAGAUGCUCUCUCAUUUAACCACCUCCAAUUGCUCAUUGGGGUGUACUUAUGGCUCAGUCAUAACAAAUAUACAGGCAUACCUUACUUUUAAGUACACAAUGGGACCAGAGCAUGUAUGUAAAACGAAAAUGGACUUAAAGUGAAGCAACAUCAUGUACUGCAUUGCUAUAGUCAUUUACAGGCAUAACUGAUACUGCAACUGCAGGUUUCCAGUGAUUUGAUUUAGUGAUUUCCAGUGGGCUUUUAUUCAGUUAAAACAAAUUCCAAAUAAACCAAUACAGCCGAUUUGCUGGGUGGAAGAUUUUGGAGAGGUUACUCUGAUGCCAGAGAAACUGCAGUGUUGUCAGCAUUAAUUUUGACUAUAAGUAUUUAAAAUGAGGUCGAAAAAAAACCUGCAGACACCGCAAAGGCAGGGAGUGCUGCAAAAAACGUGGAAGACUGCAAACUACUUUUUAAAUAGUUUUCUUCAUGUUACUAGGGGUUAAAAAAAUGAUAUUCAAGUAUUUUAGAGCAUCUUUCCAAAAUCUCAGGCAUCUGUGAAUUAAAUUCUGAUUUGGUUCACUGCCCAGGGAUGUUUAAUUGUAAGAAGAUAUAUCCUCGUUUCAUCACUGAAUCACAAUCUCUGUCAGCAUAUAUCAUUUAAUUUGAAAUAAGGAUUAAAACCAUAUUGUUCCAUAUCUAUGGCUGUGAUAUAAAAACAUCCUAAGCUAGAACCCUGCAUCGUGAUAAAGAUCGGAGACCUACAUACAUAUAAAGUAUAUCUCAAGCCUAAUUUAUCUAUUUCAAAAAACUAUUAUGGGUGUUGUUUAAAACGAUUCAUGGUUCUUCAGAAUUGGUGUUGUCCUUGUUCCGUCUAGAUUUCUAAUUUUCUCAGGCUAAUAGAAGGAUGGAACAUAUAUAAGUGAUGUCAGUAGUGACCAGAUUUUAUUUCAAGAUUUUAAACUAUUACUACUUGACCCAAUUCUCCAAUGCUUUCAUAUAGAGAACCAGAUCAUCUCUCAUUGUAGAUUCAAUGUACCAGUUUAAACAUGUGGUUUGGGCUUAUGGUAUUUUUUUCUGUAUCUGUAAUGUCCAAACCUAGCUUUAGUGCAAUUUUUCUAAUCCAUGUCUAUAAAGAUUUAGAUACUGCAGCAUUUGAGAGCAAGAUUACUUUAAGAAAUAUGCUUUAUGCGAACAUGUGGGUGGUGAGCAUGUGUAUCGCAGCCCAGCCUUAGAUUAGCAUUUCGUUGAUUUUUCUUCCCCAAGGAAAUGCCCAAUAACCUACCUUAACUGCAGAGAGCACAUUAAGCUUUUUGGGUAUAGUUUGGUAAUAGGUUUUAGAGAAGUGAUUUAGCUAGACAAUUGUGUCUAGAACUAUAUAUGUACGUGUGUGGGUUUGUUUUUUUUAUUCUUAAUCAUGACCUACUUAGCAAAAAGAAAGCAACUGUAACAAGCCGCUCUGCGCUGUUUUAGUAUCUUUUGUUUAUAAAGCGACUUAUAAUAGUUUAUAGAAUAUUUUAUAAAUAGUGAUAUUUUAUUUACUUUUUAUUUUUAGAUUUAGAAAUCAGAACAGGUCAGAUUGUACAAUAUGUCAAGAUGUUUUAGACUUUAGACCCUCUGCUACUUCCACCUCAAAAAUCUAAAAUUUUUUUUAAGUGGAAGCCAAGCUUAAAGGACCACUAUAGUGCCCUGAGGGUGACCCUACCCUCAGGGUCCCCCUCCCGCUGGGCUGGAUGGAGAGGAAGGGGUUAAAAUCUUGCCUCUUUCUCCAGCGCCGGGCGGGAGGCUCUCCUCCCUCUUCUCCUCCUCCUCUUCGGCUGAAUACACGGCAGGAGCCGCUCGCGCAUUCAGCCAGUCCAUAGGAAAGCAUUCACAUGCUUUUCAAUGGACGCUGGCGUCUUCUCACUGUGAAAAUCACAGUGAGAAGCGCGGAAGCCCUCUAGCGGCUGUCAAUGAGACAGCCAUUAGAGGCUAGAUUAACCCAUUUAUAAACCUAGCAGUUGCUCUGUUUAUUAAAAAAAAAAAAAAGGGUUUAAACCUAGCUGGACCUGGCACCCAGACCACUUCAUUCAGCUUGGUACCUAUAGUGGUCCUUUAAAUCACAAUUUGAUUUCUGAAUCUAAAAAUAAAAAGUAAAUAUGAGAAUAUACAGAGGAAAUGUUUUACUUUUUUUUUUUCCUUCAGUCCUCUUCUCAGCAAUUUUGUUUUUUUGUUUUGCUCCCCAUCCAUGAUCUUCGUAACCUGUUUUGCUCAUUUUUAGGACAAUGCUGCUACUAGCAAGACUGCAGAUAACAAGACUGCUACAAAAAAUGCUUCAAAAUCUGGCUUGUUAAACCACGAGCAGCGUUUGGAGAACAUUGUGAAGAAGGCAUCCAUCGAGGAAAGGGUAGGUCUGAAAACUUCAAAGCCCUAAAAGCUUUCUAUUCCUUGUAGUUACAUGGUGGUAAGAUGCUCAUCGAAUGUGUCUGCAAAAACUAGAAAUAGAAUGCCCUUCAAGCGAUUUGUAGGUUUCCUCGUUGGCUCCAGCUGUUGAUCUACCAAUUCUGAUAAUCAGAAUAAUUCAGCUACCUUUCACCUGGCCAAUUUUCACGUGAGAUAAUGGGUGUGGAAGUUGAUUAAUAGCUAUGACUCAAGCCUUAAACUAGGCCUUAAUCAAUUAACUUAUCACUUUUCAUGAGUACAUUAAUCUAUUACUCCAUGGAUUAGCAAGGCUCUGAACAAUCUAUAUAAGCAGUAUAUCUCGGCAUGAGCUAAUAAACCACUGGAUUGUGACGACAUUUUGUGAUGACAUUGGUCUCUAACAAGUUAAUUGCCAAAAAAUAUCCAAUAUGGCUUUUUGGGAAGGGGGUUAACUUUCUUUAGGUAUUUUUUUGUUUAUACAAGUAUCUCACUCAUUUGUCUUUUCCUACACUCAAAAGCUGCUUACUUUUAGUCAACUUAACAGAACCUUGCCAGUCUUCUGAGUUCCAAUUCUUUAGUUAUCUUUAUUGUUAAAUAGACACUUCAAGCACAAUAAUAGCUUGUGGUUACUGCACAGGUUAUGGCGCAGAAGCUCUGUCAUAGCCUCCUGUCAUGUUUUUCUUAUAACUGCACAGUUUAUACAAAUCAUAACUAAUAUAAGAUUGCUGCAUUUUGGCCUAGAUAUCAAGUGAUCAGUCAAUGCCUCCUUAUCUGGUUAUACAAAUAUUUGAAUACUCUGUGCAUGGCAUUCAAGUUCCCCCCCUGCCCCCCACUUACCCUCACUGGCUGCUACAGAGACCAAAGCAUGCUUGUUUUGCAAGCAUAGACAAACAUUGUGCACAGCAGAGCCACAAUCCUGACCUAGACUGUCAGCAGGCUGAUAGCAGCUGCAGCAUGGCUAUCUGUUAAUUCAACAGUUCUGCUAGUCAUGUGUAAUGCCUUGAAUUGCUGAACUACAUAACCCAUAACCCCCUGUUGAACUAGAGUUUUUUUUUUUUUAUGGGACAACUUCAGACCACCUAGACCAGAUGAUCCUCUUUAUUGGAGGAGUCUUGUCCUAUUCUGUACAGGGACUGCUGUUACUGCAGCACAAAUGUGCAUUUGAAGCAUAUGCAAGAACCUUAAAUAAGUUGUAUAUUUUAUUUCAAUGACAUGUUAUUUUAGUUACAUAUUUUUAACAUUUUCUAAAUUUGAUCUAAAUAAAUUUUUAAAAUAGGUGCAACGUCCAGGUUGUGGUUUUCCCCUGAGGGCAUGCUACUAUAAAUUAUAUAUUGAUUAUCAACCAAAUUUUUAUCUCACGUAUCUAUAAAAAUCAGAAAUAAUUUUAUAUAUUCUGUUUCAGGAUUUGUGACAUGCCCCAGCUGUUUGUUCACAGAUUGUCAUGCUCUCUGCUAUUGAGUUAAAAAGCCUAUUUAAUAACAUAAUUUUAGAAUAAAUAAAUCUCGAUAUACUGACCGUAACAUUCCUUUUUUUUUUCACAGCCUGAAAAAGAUUUCUUUGGCCGGCAGAUAGUCAAGAAAGUGAUUUCUCCAGUUACAAGUAAGUAAAAGCUUUACGUUUCCCCCAAGAAAAAUCAAUAAUUCGUGGCGGGCAUUUAACCCCCGGUGGUGGUGGUAAAGUUAAUUACGAUCAGCACAAGCCAUUAGCAGUGUGUGCUAAAAACAAAUAGUAAUCGAAUUUAUGGCAUACGGUUACACACCAGCAGUUAAAAUGCGGCGCUCUAGUUAUAAAAAUACGGACGCUCACCUGCAAUCAGAUGAGAAGUGUUGGGCUAGCCUUUUGAAAUCACAAGUUACAAAAAAUAAGAUUAGCCAUUCAUAAGAAAUCUGUGUUAAUGCAGAACCAUACUCAAAUGUGAGCAUCGAGAUCUAGCAUUUUGUAGGCAUUCUGCUCUCACAUUCCAUGGAGUAUAACUUUUAUCAUUCUUGGCCUGGUGAAGUCUCUUAUACAUUCAGGACUGUACACUCGCAGGGGUUGUGCUUUCUGAGUACAUCUUUGUACCCGUGCAGGCAUCAACAAUACUUGGUACACCGCUGUAGCCGUGCAGCGUCAGGAAAUACUGGCUGCGCAGCUGUUCCCACACUGGCAUUGGGGAUACUGAGUAGACUACUGUGGCAUGCCAAAACAUUUGGCUCCUGCUGUUUAUAGUGAUGAGAAGAAUCUUAAAUCCACAUUUGACAGAGUGAAAUGAGUCCCAUGGGGUUUUGGGUGACGCUGGAUGUUCUCAUGCAUAGCACGAGGGCAUCAAGCUUCCUUUAUGUGGCCAAAGUCGCCUAACGACCCGAAGUCUCUCUAGUGGUGGUCUGGUAGACAGCCACUAGAGGUAGAGUUAACCCUGGAUAGUAAUUAUUGCAGUUUCUCAGUAACAGAGUUAAGUUGACCGGGACAGUGCACCCAGACCCCUUCAAUGAGCUGAUCUGGGAGCCUAUAAUGUCCCUUGAACCAGAUUUCUGCUGUUUCUUUUUUUACGCAUGUUAUGUUAGUAUUUUUAAGUUAGUGCACAUCAUUAUUCUCUAGUGCUAUUGUUUAGUGAGUGCAGCUCAUGAAAUAUAAAACAAUUAGACGCCUGUAUCCAGACAAAACCAUAUUGCUUCAUUCCGAGAGCUUCUAUACAACAUUUUAUGGGAUAAAUUAUUUAUACGGAAAGGCACAGCAAGCACUAAUGAUUUCUGAAGAAGGGAAAACAUAGAGUGCUGGCAAGCAACUUCUAACUUCAUUUGGUUUGUUUUGAUUAGUGGAGGUAAGAUUUCAUUGUCUAACUGUACAGUUUCUAAAUCUGAUCAAUAAAAGACUAGAGCCAGUCGUAUUUUCACCGUUAGAUUUAGCACAUUAUGUCAGAAACUCUCUACCAUAUACUUAACCCAAUUUAUUUUAACGUUUUGUAUAGCUUAUAACAUAUCUGGUCAAUGCCAUUGUUCUUUCUCACCUUGACUACAGCAAUCCCCUUCUCAGUGGUCUUACGUGCUCCCAGAUUGCACGGCGGCGAGGCUCAUUUUCAUGUCCGCUUGCACCUCCCCCCUUUGUCAGUCCCUACAUUGGCUUCCUGUUAGAUAUAGGGCUCAACUUAAGAUUCUGGUGCUUGCUUACCAGUCCCUACACAAUGCUGCUCCAACCUACCUAUCCUCCCUAAUACACAAAUAUGUGCCGUCAAGGCCCCUGUGCUCUGCCGAAGACCUACAUCUAUCCUCUGUCCAUACUCCAUCUGAUGCUCGCCUCCAGGGCUACACCUUUUCUGCGGAACUCCCUUCCCUUCUCCGUUAGACUUUCACCCAGUCUCCACUCCCUAAAAAAAUCUUUGAAAACACACUUCUUCAGGAAAGUAUAUCAAUUAAACUGUUAGUGGGUUUUAGUCCCCCGCCCCCCCCACCUCCCCAUGACUCUCCUCCUGCAACUGUCAAAAAUAACCUAAGUUCUCAGUGAUUACUUUUCUUGCAACCUAUUUCAUUACCUCUUCUUAUACCCUUUGUAUACCCCACACACUCUAGCAUGUAAGCUCAUUGAGUAGGGCCCUCAACCCCUCUGUUCCUGUGCGUCCAUUUGUCUGGUUACAAUUACGUGUCUGUUGGUCCACGCAUUGUACAGCGCUAAGGUAUUUGCUGAAUAAAAUAUCUGAGCUAUGAAUUGUUUUUUUUUUUUUUUUCAAUCCUCAGAUAAUCCAAACCAAGAAAUCCCUAUAGAAAAACUUAUUGGCAAAGCAGUUGGGAACAGCGAUGUUUGGUUUCGAUUUAACGAAGGCGUUUCUAAUGCCGUCCGCCGGAACAUACACAUUAAAGACUUGCUAUAAUAUUUAUUUGAAGAUAAAGGAAUCCUUUUAGAAUAAAUGACUUUUUCCCAAUACCGAUGGCAAAGCAAUGGAGAAAACGUAUCACUAACUCAGUGUUUUGAUUGGUCCAGCUCUCACCUGGGACAGAAUACGAUAUGGGAGUUACCAGAAACCUGUUGGUUAGAGUAUCUUAGAGUACUUCAGUACAGCUGAAGUUAUCAUCAAUAUGCUUGGACUGAGAAUGCCCAACAAUUUUGGAUCUAUUGGCAGUUGUUUAUAAGAAAUUUAAAAAAAAAAAACUAUUUAGCCGAUGCAACGUUAUCCUUUAAGAAAACAUUUUUUACUCCUGUUUUCUUUCCACCAGUUUUGUAUUAAAGAAAAAUAUUUUUCAAGAGCUGAUGCUUUUAUUUAUUUUUUUCAGAUUAUCAGUUCAAGGUGUGUGCUUUUUGUUUUGGAUUUCUUUUACCAAAAAAAAAUAAUCUCAGCCGCUGAGAAAUUUUAGUUUAGUCUAAGAUCAUACAUUUAGGUUACUCAGUUCACAAAUAGAAUUGUAAAUGUAAACAUUUCUAAUGUUAAAUCCCUAAUGGUAUCUAAAGGACCUUAAUGCAGGAUGCCACGGCUAUCUAAGGAAAAUAUAUAUAUAUUUAUCCUGAUCAUGUGAUCCUGUCACUCAAAAGAAAACCAUUGGUCAUCAUGAGAUUGGCAUAUAAAAAUUUUCAUCCGCUUUCCAGUAGUGAACUGACCUGGUACCAAACUUGUUUUAUCAAAUCCACCAUUAAAAAUUGCUUCUAACAUGUAGAAUGGCUGUUUAUAAAAAAAAAAAGUGCUUUUCUAUGGAAUGCACAAUUGUUAAAUAGGCAAUUAAUUAGCUAAGAAAGUACAAGCACAUUCUGCAUACCACAUUCUGCAUACCACUCUUAAGUUAAAGCACCACUAUAGGCACACAGACCACUUCAGCUUAAUGAAGUGGUCUGGCUGCCAAGUCCAUCUAGGGUUAAUCAGAGAAACUGCUAUGUUUACUUUAGGGUUAAUCCAGCCUCUAGUGGCUGUCUCAUUGACAGCCGCAAGAGGCGCUUCCGCGCUUCUCACUGUGAUUUUCACAGCAAGAUGAUACCAGCGUCAAUAGGAAAGCAUUGAGAAUGCUUUCCUAUGAGACUGGCU